CCGCGUCAACACUUGUGGCUGUGACCUAUAUCUCACGUCGUGAAUAGCUUCCUCGGAGGAGGAGAUGGAGUGCGCCAGCGAGGACACAGACGAAAGUGUUCUGUGAAGCCAGUGUUUGUCCCUCGGUCGCGAGCCAAUAUCAUCUGCCAAGAUGGAUGUUUUCCUGACGAAUUGUAAACCACCCACGUGACUUUUUGUUACCGACUGUCACAAACCAGAGGUUGUGUCAUCGAUCGAACGGCCAAGUGAUGAAGCAGGAAUGAUAUGAUGGAGAAACUGUUCAAUUUUCAAGCUCUCUUGUCUGGCACAGGGAUGUCGUCCCGUUUAAUCCUCAUAAUAUUCAAUUUGGCAAUUCUAAGUGUCUUUAAACUAUCAUAUGCCAUGUCGAUUGGUGAUUCGACAACUAAUGUCUCACAUGUGUCUAUAUUGGGAACAAGCCGACACCUCCCCACUGAGUGGGAGACAACGUGUAGGCAGGACUCGCAUCUAAACUCCUCUUUUGUAUCCAUUUCGUGUACGGUGACAGUAGAUGAUGUAUGGGAUCUAAAUCACUUCCGGAACUGGUCAGCCAUAUUGGAUAAUGACACCCUUGUGUCUCUGGAUGUAAUGUGUGAAACUGGAGCCAGUGCCUGUCUCCCCUGGCCGUACCGAGCCAGACAUCUGGAUACUCUGAAGAUCAGGAAUUGCAUCAACACGUGCUACUUCUCAGACUUCAACCGACCGGAAGUGCUGGAUAUCCCUGACUCCCUGAGGGUGUUUGAAGGAUAUGGUGUGACUGAACAGUUUAACGUUAUGGAUAUGUUGUCUGUCGACCUGAAGAGUCUCCCUCCUGCCUUGGAGUGUGGACCGAUGUCCUUAGAGGUAUUCAUCUACAGGAACACCACGACAGAUUUUAUAUAUCCAGAGGGAUUCUUUCCAAAGCAAGAGGACUCCGUAACUGACGAGUUUGUACAAACGACGCGGGAUAUCAACAGUCUUGAACAUGUAUGUCGCUAUAGAAAUAUGAAGGUUUAUGAUUUGAGCCAAAGGACUGAUACGGCGGUUGCCUUAAUAUAUUCUACAUUCAUCAACUCUCUAUUUCCCCAGCUCAGAACACUAAACUUCUCAGACACAGAAUUACAAGUUUAUCCUUCAAUUUUGGAAACAUGGAGACUCCGCUUUGAGAAGCUGCAAACUUUGGACCUCUCUCAUAAUAAUAUCUCUCGUUUUGACUUGAGAGAUAUGAGUCUUAUUUCUCAAGGUACUGGUCUAAUAAACCUCAGGUAUAAUAACAUUCGCACUAUAGGCAUCCAAGAAAUAAAUUCUUUUUCAAAAACAAAAGGCGCAGUAAUUGACAUAAGAAACAAUCCUUUUAGAUGUGAUUGUGCUAUGGCAAACUUUAGUGACUACCUCCAGAAGAGUAUAAAAAAAGAUCAAGGUGAGAAUAUAAACAUGAACUACAGCUAUCUUUGGGACUUGAAAUGUGUUACCCCUCAAAGGUUUCGAGGAAAAGCGAUCAGAGGCCUUUCAAAAGAGUUGUUGUGUUCAACGGAUACGACUGCCUAUGUCGCUCAGAUAUCAGUCCUGUGUGUAAUCGUAAUAAUUUUGAUAAUCACUAUUAUUGUAACGACAAGAUAUAGGAAGGAGAUAACCAUUCUUGCUUUCACGCGUUUCAAUAUUCUUCUUCCAUGUCAACCGAUUGAAAACUCAAGCAAUAAGACAUACGACGCUUUUGUGGCCUACAGUCACCAUGACACCACAUGGGUUGUGAAAACUCUCCUCCCUCGACUAGAGAGUGGUUCCCCUGACGGAAAUAACUUCCGGUUAUGUCUUCAUCAGCGAGACUUUGCAGUUGGCGCCGCUAUAGCUGACAACAUUUGUCAGAGCGUUGAGGCAAGCAGACACACUAUCCUGGUGUUGUCUAGGAAGUUUCUGGAGAGCGAGUGGUGUUUGAUGGAGUUCCGCACCGCCUUCCACCAGAGUCUCAUUGAGAAGAAGAAACAUCUGAUUCUGGUCCUCCUUGAGGACAUCCCCGUGAAUGAUCUUGACGCGGACUUUCGGCGUUGUAUGCAGACAUGGACGUACAUUCACAUCUCUGACAAACUUUUUUGGGAUAGAAUCGUGUAUUCGUUAACCGACAAAAGUAAACCGAAAAAGAAAUCAAUCGCUGCAAAAAACGAAUGCUCUGACAUCAACAAUAAACAGACCAGUGCAAGUGACUCUUUUGAUCACGUCAACACCAACCUACCAGAACAAUAUGAUCUUUGCCAGUAUAUUGAAAAGGAAACAAGGUCAGCUGACCAUAUCACUGAUUUUUGAUUCCACUGUUUGUACUUUCAUAUACUGAAAAUGACUGAGACUAUAAGUACACGCUUAUGCUCUCUCUGUGUUGUCUCUUUUGUUGGUUUACGGGCUACUUUCAACGAACCAAGGAUCAUUAGUGGGAAUUCAAAAAUUAUUAUAUUUGCUGAAUAAUAGAAAUGAACAGUUAGUAUUUGAUAAAUUGUUUUUUAAUGUUUUCAUUAAAGAAACAUUUUCGUU